UGACACAGCCUACAAGGUACUGCAUACCAUUUUUCCGAUAUCAACAUCUCAGACCAGAUUAGAGGAGAACAUGAGACCACUCUGCUUCAUUCUCAUGUGUGCUGGCAGCAGUUGGGUGUUUACUGCAAACAUCAUUACACAGUCUCAGCUUUCAGUUACAGCCCAGCUUGGUGACUCUGUGACCCUGCAGGGCUUCAUAAGCCAUUCUCCACACAAUAACUAUAUUUGGUUCAAGCAAACAUUUGGGAAAGCUCCACAAUACGUAUUGUCAUCCAAAGCUGAUUCAAAUGACAGUAUAUUUUAUAAUGAAUUUCAAAAAAGCAAUCGCUUUCAAAUCCAGAAAACAAAAAACUCAUUCAAUCUGUCGAUCUCAAGACUGGAGCCAUCAGAUAUGGGAACGUACUACUGCGGAGUAGUGCGGCGCAGUGAUGUUCUCUUCGGUAAUGGGACUGAGUUGUGUCUUUCCGAUGCACCUUUGGUAAAGGUUUUUCAGCCGCCUGUUUUGACACCAGUCCAGUAUGGCGACAGUGUGACUGUGAAAUGCAUCAUAACUGGAGUUAGGUACAGAGAUCACCAUCAUGUUUACUGGUUUUGGAAGACCAAGGAAGGAACCCAUCAAAGUCUUAAAACCUCAUCUGAAAAUAUAAUUCAAUGUAAUAACAGCUCUGAAGAAUGUGUCUACAGCCUACAAAAGCAGAAUUUCAGCUCUUGGGAUGUAGGAACUUACUAUUGUGCCUUAACAAUGUGUGGGCAAAUCUUCCUAGGCAACGGAGCAGAACUAAAUCCUUCAGGGCAAAAUCGCACUGUCCUUGGUGUACUAUGUGGAGGCAGCGCACUGCUGGUGGUUUUACUUAUUUUAUGUGCAGUCAAAAAAAUGCGACAAAGGUGUCCAUGUGCAAGUGUAACUCUUGCAAGUAUCGUUGUGCAGCCUCAUCAGUCUCUUACUGCCCAAGUGGGGGGAUCGGUAACUUUGGAGUGUUUUAUAAACCCAAGUCAUCGGUAUAACUUUAUUUGGCUUAAGCAGGAGUUUGGCCAGUCUCCUCGAUACAUAGUUUCAUCUUUUGGCUUUUUAGAUGAGGUUUUGUUUCAUAAUGAAUUUCUUGGGAGCUCUCGUCAUCACAUCGUAAAAAACAACACUACGUUCAACCUGAUAAUUGCUGACCUUGAGCUAUCAGAUACGGGAAUCUAUUCCUGUGGAGUAGUAAAAUAUGGAAAUGUCAUCUUUGGUAAUGGAACUGAACUGUGCCUCACAGAUAGUGUGUUGAGAAGAAGAAUUCGUCAGCCACCUGUUUUGAAACCAAUCCAGGAAGGAGACAAUGUUACUUUAGAGUGUGUAAUAAAGAGCGGUGGUCUCAAAGAAAGAUACAACGUUUACUGGUUUCAUCAUACCUUGGGAGGAUCUUAUCAAGGCAUCAUAAACCCGAAAGAAAAAAGUCUAAUAAAAUGUGAUACUAGUUCUCAAGAAUGCAUUUACAGUUUGCAAAAGCUGAACUACAGCUCUGAGGAUGCUGGAACCUACUACUGUGCUUUAGUGCAGUGUGGAGAAAUCCUACUAGGAAACGGAACAGAACUCACAGGAAAUGAUUACCGCUUGAGAAUGAAUCCGGCUGUCCUUAUAUUGGGUCUAAUUAACGCCAUCUUGGUGGUGUCAGUUGUGUAUUUGGCCGUGAAGAAAGGAUGCCCCUGUGGGUACAGCAAAAGUAAAGAUGACUUGAAUGUUUCAUCAUGUCACCAAAGUUCUAAUGAAGUCUCAGACAAUCCUCAGUGUCAGGAAGUCAACUAUUCUGUCUUGGAUUUUGGUCAAAGAAAAAGGAAGCCAAGAAGAAUGAUAGACAAAGAUGACACCAGCACAACCUACACUUGUGUUAGAUAUCUCCCAGAAGAGUGA